AUUUAUUAAAAACUUUAUAUAGAACAAACGUUACUACUAAUUGGAAAAGUAGGGUUUAAUUUUCCGAUUGAAAUUUUGUGUAGCGCUACCUAUCUCUCACUCUCUCCGCCUUCCUGCAAAUCGCAUUUGCCUGAAACUAAACUCCGCCUCUUAGAAACCAAGCAAGAAAAAUGUCAGGUGAAGAAGAGGUUGUUGCCGCAGUCGAGCCUGUUGCUGCUGCUGCUGUAAUUCCCGGUGAGCCAAUGGACAUCAUGACUGCCCUACAACUUGUGCUUAGAAAGUCGCGGGCUUAUGGCGGUCUUGCACGAGGUCUUCACGAGGGUGCUAAAGUGAUUGAGAAGCACACUGCACAGCUCUGUGUUCUAGCCGAAGAUUGCGACCAACCUGAUUACGUCAAAUUGGUGAAAGCCCUUUGUGCAGAGCAUAAUGUUAGUUUGUUGACAGUUCCAAGUGCAAAGACCCUAGGAGAAUGGGCUGGUUUAUGUAAGAUUGAUUCUGAAGGAAAAGCUAGGAAGGUUACUGGUUGCUCUUGUGUAGUUGUCAAGGAUUUUGGAGAGGAACACGAAGCCUAUAAUGUUGUUUUGCAGCAUGUCAAAGCUAACUGAGUUGCAAUAUGCAUUUGAAUUUAUGGUUAUCAAUUUGAAGUUUUUUGCAAGAGUCUAGUGAAUUUCACCUCUGUGGAGGAUUUUGAUGGAUUAUGGUUUAAAAUUUUAUUUAUCUCAUAGCUGCUCUUACUCAAUUGACUAUACUGUGAUUGUCUCUGUUACUGAGAUUGACCUGAGUGAAAUGUUUAUGCUAAUCAAAGUUCGAACCCAGUAA